AGGCUCAGGUGUGUUACAGUCGUGUUCAGGUCGACUCUGCUGUCACACACUCGGUGUUUGAGGAUGUUUGUGCGGACCGACGUGUCCACAAACUGAAGGAGCUGCUGAACUGAAGGAAACAGUUUGUUUUAUUCAGAGUGGUCGCGUCUGGACCGAGUUUUAACGUGAAACUGGAGUGUUGUCUCCAUGGAGUCUCUGUCUGUGAGGAGGAAGUCCUGUCUGUUCCGCCUCAGAGAAAACUGUCCGUUCAGGAAGCUCCGCAGAAAAACAUACGAUGUGUCAACAGCAAACUCCUCUCCCAUUGGCUCCUACUGGAACAACAUUGACCCGCCCACCAGUAACCAGCCAAUCAGCACAGUCUACUCACAGCCCCUCCCCCCUCCCUACAGGUGCUCUCCCUACCAACCAGAGGCAGCCGCAGAUGUUCACAUGGAGGACGAGAACCAGCAGAACCAGCAGAACCAACAGCACCAACAGAACCAGCAACACCAGCAGAACCACCAGGACCAGCAGAACCCAGAGAAUAUAGUUGAGGACUACAUGGAUCUGGACGAUGGCGUUGACCCUGAGACUGGAGAGAGAGCACAGGGAUGACCCCACCCAUCACGUCAAUCAUAGCAGCCCUGCCUCUUCCACCUCCUGAUGUAGUUUUACUGAACUAAAUCCCAGUCUCUGGAUGAUCUGAUUUGAUCUUGAUUAAAUGAGAUCAAAUCGUUGCUUUUGUUUUGUGUACAGAGAAACAGGAAACCGCACCUGCAGCAGGUGUGUUAUUUUAAAAGGUCAAGUCAUAAAAAAAAAACUGUACAUACUUAUCCACAGAAAGUGGUCUGUUAAGAGUUAAGACUUUUCUUCAGAUCUUUAAACUGUUAAAAGGUAGCUGAUGAUCAGUCGUCAUUAUUUUGUAAGUCAUUGAUGUUUGAACUAUUGAUGAUCCGUUUGAGAAAAAAUAUAGCUGACUGCUCUCCAGGUUUUAUAUUCUGAUGAGCUUUGUUGUAUAUGAGCGUGUAUUUUAUUGUGUUUUGUGUGUUUACGUCUUUUCUGUGUUUAUCUCUUCGGGGUCAAUAAAGUUAAGAGUUAAAGUAGCUCCACUGUGUUUCCUGG